CUCUGCUUCUUUAGUUUAAUUUACUAUUAAGUGGAACUUUCGUUUGAACUACCUUAGGCUUAUCGGUGCAUUUUCAAGUACCUAACCGCGGGAAUUGGUAGUACCACCAAAGCGUGCCAAAUUUAGAUGGUACCAUAUUAAUGUUUUUAUACGUACGUACGGUGUGUAGUUCAGGUGUGUGAUUCUUGACCAUCACGUUGCUAGUGACAUUCAACUUGAAUUGACUUUGGUGCGUUUUUGUAUAAUAAACGUUAUUGUUAUAUUGUUUUGUUUAAUUGGGACUUUAUAAGUUAAUGGAGAUGAAGACUCUAUUAUAUUUUGUUAUUUCGUUAGCACUUACUAUUUCGGCAACUCCAGCACCUUCUCGAUUACCAGCUUUGGGGAAUGCAAGACCAUUUAAAAGAUCACCAAUAACAAACCAGUUUCUAUCACCCAUAAACUCAAGAAUCUUAACCAAACCAAGUACACCUUUAAAUGUUCUUCACAAUGGACCAUAUUUUAUCAAUCAUUAUAUUUACUGUGAUAACUUGGACGAACAUACCUUAGAGCAAAUAAAAAGUGGAACGUUAUCUACUGAAAAACAAAUACAGUUACUGAACAAUUUUAAUAAGGAUAAGUUUAAUAGUUUGACGAAUGGACUGUCGACUUCCUUGAAUAAUUAUGAUAUAUCAUUGGGGUUAAGCAGCGGAUCGCAUGGCCCUGCGACAUUUACAGGCGAUAAAGAAAUACAUGUCUUACAUCUACCUCAGGACAAGCCUAACGAUUUUGAUGAUAUUAAAUUGCACUUAAAUUUGGCCAAUGCGCAUAACACUCCACAUAUUGGAAAUAUCGAUUUUGAUUUGAAUAAAAACUUGGACAACUUUGAAGUAAAUCUUGCUAGCAUUAAGCCACCCAAACUGGAUGCUUCAUUUUUACCAACUACUGCAACUAUUGACGAAAUUGUUAAGCCACUCAUUAAAGGACAUGUAUCUAUAGAUGGCCCUACAAAAUAUAAUAUAAAUUUGGAUCAACUGACAAAUUUAAUCAAAGCUAAUAAAGGUUCAAAUGAAGUAAUACCUCAGGGUUCUGGUAAUACAGAAAUUUUAGAUACACCUCAUUUUGAGAAUCAACCACUUGACAACGACCCGGAAAAAUCCAGCUACGAUUCUCCGCAUGCGCUAGAUUCUUAUGGCAAUCCAAUACAAAAUCAGCAUUCCGUUCCAUCGCACAAUCCAUUAUCUGGACCAAAUUUGGCACACCUAGUACCAAAUGAAAAUCCAGGAUUUUUAAAAACUGGAUUACUCAAUAGCAAUAAGGCUAACGACUUUUAUCGACCAGAAGAGUAUUUUAAUCAGCUAAAUGAAAUUCACGAGUUAAAUAGGAAACGAAGGCAAGGCCUUAAGUUAAAUCGAGACAAGGUGUUGAAUACUAAAGAAGAUGAAGAUAGGCAUCCAAAUCAUAGAUAUGAAUAAAAUGAUUUAAGCAAUUUGGUGUUUUAUAAAUCAAAAGAUAAAUUGACAUUAUGUAAGUCUGUAAGAAUACAUGCAUACAUGUAAAGAAAUUAAUUUUUGCACUUAUUAUGUAUUUUUCAUAAGAUGCACAUCAAAAGUUUGGUUUUAAUGUAAUGCGAAAUCACCGAUUUUUUGACCAGUCAAAUAAAAAUAGUCAGCACGGUCUUGAAGAAAUAAAAACAAGCUUUCGCCUCUCAGGCUGAAAAAUAAUACAUACACAAAUUAAUUUCUUCAUCUUUUCCUUUGCGGCUUGUUAAUUGCUAGUUUAAUUCCAUUUAAUACAUCUGAAAGUUAUUGUUGGUUUCAAAAUUAAUUGACUUUAAGAGCCUUCAUUUGCUGCGCAUCAAAUUUUUGAUGUAGUUGUUAUGAAAAAUACCGUACGUAGUUUGUGUCCAAAGGUGCAGAGGCUGACUUACGCAAAUUGUUGCUUUGCUUGACUCGUAAACUAGUCAAAAAUCACCACCUUUGGCACCUUGGCAUAUUAUAUACUAUUGUUUAAGUAACUUUAAUUUUACGAUUGACUUUGUUAUUUAGUUUUAAGUAACCUAUUUAUUUUUCGUCAUAAAAUGUUUUUUAGAAAUUAGUUAUAAUAUUUAUUGAAAUUACCAUUUAUACAAAAAAAUUAUAAAUAAAGUACUUAAGGUUUCUUAAAAAUAUAAA